CACCGGGGGGAUUUUUAAAUUGUGGAUUUGGUUGCUGAUUCUGAGUCUGACGUCUGAAGAAGGGGACAGCUAAGAACAACAACGACAAAGCAUUUUUUUUCCCUCCAAAUUGGUUGUGUUGUACUUUAAACUCUAUCCGUUUGUUUGGACAUAGACUGGAAUAUACACAAAAGGAUUUAACACAGCAGAGGUAGAAGGAGGAUGGACUAAAUACUGCAAACUACAAGGCGCGGUUUCAAACCGCUGGAACCCUUGCUUUCGAAUUGGUACUCGAAGCUUUUGGGAUAGCGUCCCCCGCCCCCUCCUUCUCUUCUUUCUCUCUUUUUUUAAAGCUUUAUUGCAGAUCCUGUAGACGCUUAAUUGCUACGCUUGUGGCGCUGUCCUCGGUUCUGAACCUUCUUAGGGACUUAGUGUGCCUUCAGUGGCAGCUGCUCUGCUAGUGAGAGGGCUGUCGCCUCUGUGGAGGCAGAGCUCUUUGACAAGUGCGGUGAAGCCCUGCUCUAGGAGCUGCGUGGGGUGAGCAAAAGGAGGGGUGUGGGGAGAGGCGCGCUCUCGGUGGCUUUGGAAGAGUCGCGCACGCGCGCCUGGGACUGACUGCCUGCCGCUCUGUGACUUGUCUGUAUGUGUGCGUGUGUGUGGAAAGAGGGAGAAGAGAACGAGAGCGAGAGAGAAAGGGUGAGUGUGUGUGAGCGCAUGUGAGUGUGCUGAAUGUACUGAGACACCCGGACCACAGCAGCAGCACCACUGAAAACUGCAUUCAACCAUUUCUUCUGACUUCUGGAGCUGGACAACGACUAGACUAGCAACAGCUACCAGCAGUAGCUGUGACAAGGGGCUCCCCUGCCUCCACUUCGAGGUUUUUAGGGGCUUGGUGCUAAAUUGGUCUCUCAAAAUGCAGAGGAUCUAAUUUACUGACGGAAAAGAGCAAAGAAAGAGGAGGAAAAGAACAACAAAAGAAGAUUUUGUGGAUGCUCUACUUUUCUUGGAAAUGCAAAAGAUUAUGCAUAUUUCUGUCUUCCUUUCUCCUGUUUUUUGGGGACUGAUUUUUGGUGUUUCUUCUAACAGCAUACAGAUAGGGGGGUUAUUUCCAAGGGGCGCCGAUCAGGAAUACAGUGCAUUUCGGGUAGGGAUGGUUCAGUUUUCCACUUCAGAGUUUAGGCUGACGCCCCACAUCGACAAUCUGGAGGUAGCCAACAGCUUUGCAGUCACCAAUGCUUUCUGCUCCCAGUUUUCAAGAGGCGAUGCUAUUUUUGGAUUUUAUGACAAGAAGUCUGUAAAUACUAUUACAUCCUUUUGUGGAACUCUUCAUGUCUCCUUCAUCACUCCCAGCUUCCCAACAGAUGGAACACAUCCAUUUGUCAUUCAGAUGAGACCUGACCUCAAAGGAGCUCUUCUUAGCUUGAUUGAAUACUACCAGUGGGACAAAUUUGCAUACCUUUAUGACAGUGAUCGAGGCUUAUCAACAUUGCAAGCUGUCCUGGAUUCUGCUGCUGAGAAGAAAUGGCAAGUGACUGCUAUCAAUGUAGGGAAUAUUAACAAUGACAGGAAAGAUGAAACCUACCGGUCACUGUUUCAAGAUCUAGAGGUGAAAAAGGAAAGGCGCGUAAUCCUCGACUGUGAGCGUGACAAAGUCAACGACAUUGUAGACCAAGUUAUUACCAUUGGAAAACAUGUUAAAGGGUACCAUUAUAUCAUUGCGAAUCUGGGAUUUACUGAUGGAGAUUUAUCAAAAAUUCAAUUUGGAGGAGCAAAUGUCUCAGGAUUUCAGAUUGUUGAUUAUGAAGAUUCCCUAGUGUCCAAGUUUGUGCAGAGAUGGUCAACACUGGAGGAAAAAGAAUAUCCUGGAGCUCACACGAGUACAAUUAAGUAUACUUCUGCUCUGACUUAUGAUGCUGUCCAGGUGAUGACUGAAGCUUUCCGUAACCUACGUAAGCAAAGGAUUGAAAUCUCCAGACGAGGAAAUGCUGGAGACUGUCUUGCAAACCCUGCUGUGCCCUGGGGACAAGGAGUAGAGAUAGAAAGGGCACUAAAACAGGUUCAAGUGGAAGGUCUUUCAGGAAAUAUAAAGUUUGACCAGAAUGGAAAAAGAAUAAAUUAUACAAUUAACAUCAUGGAGCUCAAAACUAAUGGGCCUCGGAAGAUUGGAUACUGGAGUGAAAUGGACAAAAUGGUGGUGACACUUACUGAAAUCCCUUCAGGGAAUGACACCUCUGGAUUAGAGAAUAAGACUGUUGUUGUCACCACAAUCUUGGAAUCCCCGUAUGUCAUGAUGAAGAAAAAUCAUGAAAUGUUAGAAGGCAAUGAGCGAUAUGAAGGCUACUGUGUGGAUUUGGCUGCAGAGAUUGCCAAACAUUGUGGAUUCAAAUACAAGUUGACCAUUGUUGGGGAUGGCAAGUAUGGGGCCAGGGACGCAGAUACAAAAAUUUGGAACGGGAUGGUUGGAGAGCUUGUUUAUGGGAAAGCCGAUAUUGCAAUUGCUCCAUUAACUAUUACAUUGGUGAGAGAAGAGGUGAUUGACUUUUCUAAGCCCUUCAUGAGCCUUGGGAUCUCAAUUAUGAUCAAGAAGCCUCAGAAGUCCAAACCAGGAGUGUUUUCAUUUCUCGAUCCCUUAGCCUAUGAAAUCUGGAUGUGCAUUGUCUUUGCCUACAUUGGGGUCAGUGUAGUUUUAUUCCUGGUCAGCAGAUUCAGCCCCUACGAGUGGCACACUGAGGAGUUUGAAGAUGGACGAGAAACACAAAGUAACGAGUCAACUAAUGAAUUUGGAAUAUUUAAUAGUCUCUGGUUUUCCCUGGGUGCCUUUAUGCAGCAAGGAUGCGAUAUUUCGCCAAGAUCCCUGUCUGGGCGCAUUGUUGGAGGUGUGUGGUGGUUCUUUACCCUCAUCAUAAUCUCAUCCUACACGGCUAAUUUAGCUGCCUUCCUGACCGUAGAGAGGAUGGUGUCUCCCAUUGAAAGUGCUGAGGAUCUUUCUAAGCAAACAGAAAUUGCUUAUGGAACAUUAGACUCUGGCUCCACAAAAGAGUUUUUUAGGAGGUCUAAAAUUGCAGUGUUUGAUAAAAUGUGGACAUAUAUGAGAAGCGCCGAGCCUUCUGUAUUUGUGAGGACUACAGCAGAAGGAGUAGCUCGGGUACGGAAGUCGAAAGGAAAGUACGCUUAUUUGCUGGAGUCCACCAUGAACGAGUACAUCGAGCAAAGAAAACCCUGUGACACCAUGAAAGUUGGUGGGAACUUGGAUUCCAAAGGCUAUGGCAUCGCAACACCUAAAGGAUCCUCAUUAAGAAAUGCGGUUAACCUCGCAGUACUAAAACUGAAUGAACAAGGCCUGUUGGACAAAUUGAAAAACAAAUGGUGGUACGACAAAGGAGAGUGCGGCAGCGGGGGAGGUGAUUCCAAGGAAAAGACCAGUGCCCUCAGCUUGAGCAACGUGGCUGGUGUAUUCUACAUUCUUGUCGGGGGACUUGGUUUAGCCAUGCUGGUGGCUUUGAUUGAGUUCUGUUACAAGUCAAGAGCAGAGGCGAAACGAAUGAAGAUGACCUUGAGUGAUGCCAUGAGGAACAAGGCAAGGCUGUCAAUUACAGGAAGUACUGGAGAAAAUGGACGUGUUAUGACUCCAGAGUUUCCCAAAGCAGUGCAUGCUGUCCCUUACGUGAGUCCUGGCAUGGGAAUGAAUGUCAGUGUGACUGAUCUCUCGUGAUUGAUAAGAACCUUUUGAGUGCCUUACACAAUGGUUUUCUUGUGCGUUUAUUGUCAAAGUGGUGAGAGGCAUCCAGUAUCUUGAAGACUUUUAUUUCAGCCAAGAAUUCUUAUACUUGUGGAAUUCAUCUUGGAAUUGUUAACAAAUGAAUGCUUAGAAAAAUACAGAGCACUGUUUCCUACAGGAUUUCCAGAUGACGCUCGAUGGACAUGCACAGCUAAAAUGGAAGUACUGUAAUCUAACUGAUGUCAUUGUACAGGCAACAAACCAGUUUCUGCAGCCACUGUUGUUUGUCUCUUGGUUCAUAAUGACUUAAGCACACUUGACAUCAACUGCAUCAAGAUGUGACAUGUUUUUCUAAGGAAAAAAAAAACGUUUAAAAUGAAAAAAAUAUUUUUAGGUAUUUUCAAAACUGGCUUUUAAAUAAAUUUGCUUCCAUACUGGUCGGAUUUGACAAAAAAAAUCAAACUAUGGGGGCAGGGGUAGAAGUGAUGAAGAAGGUAUCAGUUCCGUAUUUUUUAAAGCCAAAUAUGUAAAUGCUGAGGAGAGGAAACAAAUUUAAGAGGUUCCAAUCUUGUAAUUUAAUAUUGUUAUUAAAACUUUACUGUAUAUCCUAUUCUUUAACAUUUGGUGUUAAAAUCAAAUUACUUGGUGAUGCUUGACAUUUGAAAUAAACUUUUUCUAUUGUUUUAUUUGCAAAUGGUUCAAUUGAUUUUGCUAGCUACAGUUUGGUCCCAGGUGAAAUCAUUUAAAAGGACACUCUCAAGGUUGUUUGGCCUCCCCCACAUAAACCUGUCUUUGGAAAGUCCGGGUUAUCCUUUAAAUGUCAAUUUUCUGAUUUGGAUGCUUUUUGGGAAAAAAUACAUUCAUCAAAACCUAUAUAAAAAUGGUAAAAUACCAGGUAUUUACAUUAAACCAAUUUGAAAGCUUAUUAAAAUAUGCAAUAUUUAUUUAAACUAUUUUAGAUUUUCGGAAGACAAAAAUGACAUAAGAUCUAAAAUACCUUGAAAGUAUCUUUUUUGAGUCAUUCCCAUGAUUGCCUAAAUCUCUUAAAUAAGAUCUGAGUCUAUAUUUUUGGAAAUAUAGAAGCUUUCAUAGACCUAUGAGUUUUUUUUUAAAGUUUAAAGUUAACAUGAAAUAUGUUUUCUUUCCACUGAAUGAAUCAACAAAGAGCCCUAUGACGGUGGAAUUGUAUUCAUUUUUUUCAGGUGCAAAAGCAAUCUAAGCAUUCCCAUUGUGGCUAAGAUGCCACGUUUCUGGAACUCUUUGAAGAAAGAUCUUUUUGCCAUCUAAAAAAGUGUUAUGUGGCCCUUUAUAGCAACUCUUCUUCCUCUAUGUUUUUUUUAAAGAAAAUUUGAAAUUUGAUUUAGAUUUUUAAAUCGCUAUUCAUUCCUGAAUAUCUACCCAUUCUUUUUUUUUUUAACAUUUUCUUAUUUCUAUUAAGCAUUGAUAGAGCACUUGCCUUUUUGCCAUGUGCAUUUAUGAUUCAUAUCUAUUAUAUUCCAUAAAAGGAAGGGGGAGGAAUACAACUUCAGUUGAAAAAACUAAUCUGUUAUACCACAGAAGGUAGCCUAUAUUGCUCCCAUCUUCAUUAAGCUUAGCAGUCUCUGAACCACAUAUUCUGAGAUAAUCCAUGAAAUUUUAUUGCAUUUCUCCUCAUCUGGCAUGUGGGAGGUGCAUUUUAAGUUUAAUUAAUCAUCAGUGCUAGAAUGACCAAAUUGCAGACUAACUGUAUCCCGAUGAUACUCAAAAUUGGUUUUUAAAAACUAAAAAGAGAUGACUGUAUACAGUGAAAGCUAUUUAUUGUAGCUCUGGGCCAACUCUUCUGAAAAUUGUAACUUAACAAAUUUCUUUGUCAAGCUUGAACUAAUGUAUAUAAUUGAAAUAAUGUAAAGUUAUAUUUUCAUGUUUUUAUAGUUACGACGUGACAAGAAUACACAAUGUAAGGGUAUUUCAAUUAUGGAUAAUGUUGAUUGGAUAAUGCACAUCACAGUAACAAGCAGUAACCAUAGUUUAAUAUCCAUGUAAAGGUGCAUCAAUAUAUUGCUGUAUAAACUACGUCUGUGUGCAUUUAGGUGAAAAGUAAUCUUGAGUGAUGACAACCGUCUAAAGGUUUUUUAUUCAUUUUAUAUAAAAUGUUAUCAAAAGACCAAAAUGUUUAUGAACUAUUCUUAUGUAAAUUUCCAGUGAUCCUUUAUUGUACCAUUUUGUUUACAGUAUAGUAUCUUAUUUCUGCUGUGUUAAGUGGGUGUCAGAUUCAAAAUAGACAUGCACUUUCUACAACUUCUCACAGAGAUGUUGGCAUCCCUAAUUUUUCAUGUGUACCUCUAUGUCAGAAAAUGCUUUUGAUUUUAUUUUUAAAUCUAACACCUGAUGGCUUUUCUGGAGUGUUGUACAAACUUAAACCAUACAUAAACAUGUUCUUAAAAAAAGGCAAAAGAUC